UGCUUAUCCGGCGCAAAUGAGGCAGCCUGAUAACCUGCAUCUUGAGCGGCUUUGCAUACCUAUAAGCUGUAUUGAUUGGUCAAUCGGCCAACUAAAAGGCUCAGCCCCCUCCCCUCCUCAGCUCCUUCGGUCUGUCUGCGUAGGGACGACUUUAAAAUAUGUGACCUACAGCCUAACCGGACAAUUUCGUGAUAGUCUAGGCCUCGUUCAGUGAAUACAAUGUCGAUGUUUGAAACCAGGCAUCAUCCGAUUUAUAGUGGUGUUGCGCUUCCUUGGCAAGAACGUUUCCAGUUUGGUCGGAAGUAUGGAAAAUACGACUUUGGGCGGUUUGAGCGUCUGGAGGGUUCCAAUCAUUACCUUGGAAAAGGAAAGAUCGGGGACGUGGAAGUUGCAUGUAAAUUUCGAUUCAGAGAGUCGCGAUGGGGUGUUUUGACUCCGGAUAAGAACCCGGGAGGCGUCGUCUACCUGGAUUUGACUUUUACAGAACCACAAGAGUGUCGUCUUAGGGGCGCGACCGUCUUGCUAACUUUGGACGAAGAGGACGAAGAUCUCCGCCGCCAUUUCAGUGCUAGAGAUUCAUCAACGAAGGUCAAAGUCCCCGUUCACAUCACCGAACAUGGCCCACAAAGCCUCCAUGGACAGCUAGACGAAGCUUUCAAGACUGAGAAGAAUUCAUUUGCUCCUUGGAUUGAUGUUGGCGGAUUUGCCGGGGCCGGGGGCAUCGGACGAAAUUCCGAGAAGAAAUAUAUUCAGCGGAGCCAGUGGAAAUUCUCAAGCCAACCUAUCCCUAACAAGAUGUCGAGAGCUACAAUCCUUAAAUGGGAUCUUGUUGAGAGCGAGCUCGAUCGGCAGCCAAGGCAUGACAACACUUUUCACACAGCAUUCGCGUUUGAGCAUGACGGACAACCGUUCUUUAUGCAGGUCGAAGUUGCCGGCUGUCUGGAGGGAAUAGCUUCACACAUACGACAGAAGGCAAAGCAGAGAUUUAAGAAGUUCAAGUUUCCAAUUGAACCCCAAUCCGCAACGACGUUGGUGAAUUUUGGUGGUAGAAAUAAUCCUUACCACGACCCACUCGAUGAAUUGGCCAGGAACAUACCCCGCGACAUGGUUGAGAAGAAUCGGAAGCCCGUUAUCCAGAUCCCAAGAAGGCAACCGGACAAUGGACCAGAUUACCAGAUCGUUGACGAGGGGGAUUCGUCGCACGCUGGGUCGGAGGACAAUAUUGAUGAUCAACCACGCCCACCCCAAAGAAUUGAGGUCUCACAUUCUGUGGCUCUAGAGGACAUUCAGGGGGAAGCAAUGGCGUUGUUGUCUCUAGGUCCCUCGGUGGGGGAACAUGGAUCGGAUCACACGACAGAAAUACUGACGCCUGCCAAUCGUCCACAGCGAAAGCCUUGCGAUGGAAGGUUGUCAGCCCCUGAUACCCAGGUUGAACAAUCAACAGCCUCCAGCACCAUCGUAGAGCAGGAGCAGGACGAAGGGGUUCGUGAAAUAACUCUCCUCGAGCCUCGUGCGAACCACGAAGAAGUUCGGAGGCUUCUCAACGAAGCAGCCCUACCGGCAGUCCUUCGACUGAUGAUUCUGUGCCUCCUCACAAUCGGAAUGAAGAUAUCACUUCUUUGGGAAGAACGACUUGCCACGCGCAGCAAAAACAUGAAACUAUCAGCAGUAAGAUAGCAGUAUCGUGUUGAGGGUGUAAGAGAGGAAUUAUGUACUGUGUAUUACGGAUUCUCAAUUGCUGUGUGUAUAUAUGGGGGAAAAGAAGGUGUUAGGUUUUGGAGGCAUUUACUUAACGGACACCGGAGUUGGUACCUAUGAAUUCAUGAUU